GGAGCGGACUCGAAACUUUUCCUCUUUAAGAAAAAAAAGUUGUGCGCGGCUCGCAGAGGGUUUUUUCUUUCUUUUUUUCUUCGCCUUCUUUCCUUGUCUCCCCUCCCCCUUCUUCCUUUUGAAAGUUUCUUUUUUUUUUUCCUGAGUUUGACCGCAUGGCUGAUUCAACUUCAGUGUCAAUCAACUUUUUUUUCCUCCUCUUCCUCAUUUAAAUAAGUUUAAAGCUCCUCCUCCCCCGGCCCACCAAAUCUGAAACUAUAAAUUGGGCUUCUCGCGCCUCAGCCCGAGAGUCAGAAACGCGAGGGGCGCCUGGAGCUGGCGUGUGGGACUCCAGACCGGAGAGCCGGAGGCUGAGCCUUCCCUGCACCGGGACCUUCACGACGCCAGAUUCUUGUCCCUGCCCCGUGCGAGCGCCCACGAUGACCACCACCCUCGUGUCUGCUACCAUCUUCGACUUGAGCGAAGUUUUAUGCAAGGGUAACAAGAUGCUCAACUACAGUACUCCCAGUGCAGGGGGGUGCCUGCUGGACAGGAAGGCAGUGGGCACCCCUGCCGGUGGGGGCUUCCCCCGGAGGCACUCGGUCACCUUGCCCAGUUCCAAGUUCCACCAGAACCAGCUCCUCAGCAGCCUCAAGGGUGAGCCGGCCCCAGCUCUGAGUUCUCGGGAUAGCCGCUUCCGAGACCGCUCUUUCUCAGAAGGGGGUGAGCGGCUGCUGCCCACUCAGAAGCAGCCUGGGAAUGGCCAGGUCAACUCCAGCCGCUACAAGACGGAGCUGUGCCGCCCCUUUGAGGAGAACGGUGCCUGUAAGUACGGGGACAAGUGCCAGUUCGCCCAUGGCAUCCAUGAGCUCCGAAGCCUAACCCGCCACCCCAAGUACAAGACCGAGCUGUGCCGCACCUUCCACACCAUUGGCUUUUGCCCCUAUGGGCCCCGCUGCCACUUCAUCCACAACGCUGAGGAGCGCCGUGCCCUGGCCGGGGCCCGGGACCUCUCUGCUGACCGGCCCCGCCUGCAGCAUAGCUUCAGCUUCGCUGGGUUUCCCAGUGCUGCUGCCACGGCCGCUGCCACGGGGCUGCUGGACAGCCCCACGUCCAUCACCCCACCCCCCAUCCUGAGCGCGGAUGACCUCCUGGGCUCACCCACCCUGCCAGACGGCACCAAUAACCCCUUUGCCUUCUCCAGCCAGGAGCUGGCGAGCCUCUUUGCCCCUAGCAUGGGGCUGCCUGGGGGUGGCUCCCCCACCACCUUCCUAUUCCGGCCCAUGUCCGAGUCCCCUCACAUGUUUGACUCUCCCCCCAGCCCUCAGGAUUCUCUUUCGGACCAGGAGGGCUACCUGAGCAGCUCCAGCAGCAGCCACAGCGGCUCAGACUCCCCUACCUUGGACAACUCAAGACGCCUGCCCAUUUUCAGCAGACUUUCCAUCUCAGAUGACUAAACUAGAGUAGGGAGGGACCCCCUACCUACUCCAUUCCCCCACCCUGCAACCACAUCCCCUACCCUCAUCUCCCUACAACCCCACAUUAAGGUUAAGCUCAGCCCCUUUCCCCCAGAACCUUGGAAUGCCCCUCCCCCCUCUCCCUUUUAACCCCCACCCCCCCAACAAGGACAAGUCAAUUUGUCAGUAGCUUCCUCUGGCUUGAAACCCCCUCCCCUCAAUUUUGUAGCCCACUUACCAUGUGUAACAGACAAGUCCCAUAUUUAUCAGUAGAUGCCUUUUUUCUGGCUUAAGCCUUAAGUGCCAAAUCACAAAAGAAAAAGCAGUUAACAGUUUACAGAAGCAACUUAGUGCCUUGUAAUCUAACUUUGUCACUGUGACUACAUUACCUCUUCAGCGCCAGAGGGCACCCGUGGGCCUCCCAGAGCCUGUGCCCGUGGGGAGGGGAAGGGGACCCAGAACCAGCAGCUCCCUCCACUGGCGACAACUGCACCUCCCCUUAUUUUCAGUCUCCCCCACACUUUCUGCCCCCCACCCCCACCCCCCAGUGCCUUCCAUGCCCCUCUUAGGAGAGUGUUGCCAGACUUGGGUUUGAGGGGGGAGACCUGUCUUGACAUUCAAAACUUUUUUUUUCCCCUACCUGAACCUCUUGACUAAUCUUGCCUGGGUUCGUGUAGGUCUACAGGAAGGAAGACUGAACAAGCGGAUGAAGAUUGUGACUAAGUGGGACUUUGUGAUUUAAUUUUUUUUCUUUUUAAGUGGGGAGGAUGGGGAAGCUAGAUGGACUAUGAGAGACUUGAUUUUGGUGCUAAAGUUCCCCAAUUCAUAUGUGACAUCUUAAAAUAACAACAAAAAAAAGAGAGAAAAGCUGAAAAAAUCAUGUAAGGGGUGAGCAGUUAAUGGUAUUCAUUCCACAUAAAAUAUCUGUGUAAAACGAUUUCCUGUAGAAGUAGCUUUAAUGGUUUUUGCUCUAGAAUACCGUAGGUCUAUCCUUAGAGCACUCACGCCAUGCUUUUUCCCUGGGUUUUAAACUUCAUAUAACUUUCAGAAAUUGGAGAGCAAAAAUUUUGCUUGUCACUGCACAUCAAUAUAAAAAAGCUUAUUUAACUUAUCAAAACGUAUUUAUUGCCAAAACUAUGCUUUUUUUUUGUUAAUUUUGUUCAUAUUUAUCGGGAUGACAAAUCCAUAGAAUAUAUUCUUUUAUGUUAAAUUAUGAUCUUCAUAUUAAUCUUAAAAUUUUGUGACGUGUCUUUCCUUUUUUUCCACAGUUUUAAUAUAUUAUUCUUCAACGACAUUUUUUUGUAACUUUACACUUUUUUUGGUUAUUUUAUUUUAAAAAAAUGAAAAAUUAAUUUAAAAAAAUGCAAACAACUGUUGGAUUAUUUAUUUUAGAAAUUUCCCCCUUUUGUGUUGGACUGCAAAUUGAGUUUCUUUCUCUUUAGGCCUUUCACAACUAGGACUGAGAAUGUAUGUAAAAGUUCUGUGACAGUACAGAAGGAAAACAACUUUUAUGUAUAGUUUCUAAAAGGGAAAAAAAAAAAAGAAACCCUUUUGACUUCCAUGUGCCCAUCUCAAGACAUUCCGAUCACACAUUUGAGGUUCUGGAUUCCUGGUUUGGAGUUUUCCAAUGUAAAUGCAAACAGAACUGGCACACACACACACACACACACACACACACACACACACAUACACACAUUAAGAUGAAUGUAAUUAUUAUUCCUCUUGCUGGUCACUACCGUCGCUUUCUAUUUCUCUUUCUUUGUGUGAAUUUAUUUAAAAGAAAACUUUUUGUAACGACUAUUUGCAGUUUAAAAAUCAAUAAACCCCAUUUUUUCAAGAAA